AGUGAAGGAGAGGAUGGAGAUUCUGACGCUGAUUAUAUCCUUUCUUCAGAAUAUAUUAUCUCAUUAAUAUUGUGUGAUUAUUAAUCAAGUGUUUGAUCAGUAUUUAACCUCCAAGAUUGUUGUAUGAUGUGAUUAAAUGAAGAAAGCCAUCUAUAUAACUAUAGAUUGAUGCAUGCUUACUUAGAAACAUAUUAUUCCUUCCUAGAACUGACAGGUUUUACAUGUCAUGGACAUGUGUGUGAGUAUUCUUUUUCCUAGGGUCACCAGGUCAGCUAAAACGGACCAGGGGGCCUCUUCUAUGUGCCAUGGGAGAGACAUGCUGUCUCCUAACAUGUCUCAACGGACAUUAGAUAUUAAGAACUCUGUUUUAUCCUGUCUUCUUAUUCUUUAAGAUUAAUGUCAGCCUGCCCUUUGUGUGUAACCAACUGUAGUGAUAAAAAGACUUGCCAGUGCAAGAAAACCUUGGGAAUAAGCAGAUAAGGGCUGAGUUUGUGUAUGUGUGUGUGUGCCCAUAAAGUGAUGAGACCAACAUUGCUGGAUUCCAGACCUAGGAUGAGGUGCCUUCUUCAACCGUGCUGACGCCUGCUAUAAUCACUGGAGAUAUGCUGAAGAUGUAUAUGACCAUAUGUGAAGAUUGUCUAAGUUUAUCUAGGUUUUGGAACCAAUCAGAUCGCUGCUGACCAGUGCUUUGACGCAUUUGAAGUCUUCUGUCUGGAGUAUAACUAUGACUGAUUUUGUAUUAUACGGCAGUUCAGCUUACGAACUCCUGCGAGGGUAUUGACGCUGACUUCUGCCUAUGAAACUGCAAACUAUUUCCUUAAGUAAAAUUAUUAUUAUUAAUUGAACUCAUCUCUGACUCCUGGUCUUGAUUACGACACCACCUGCUCCUUGGGUUUUAAACUGUUAUCCCCAACAGUUUAAUGGUGGAGGAUCGGCGGGCAAUCGUUCUUUGGUGACAUCCCUGAUCAAUCAUCAAAAACCAAAAGAUGUCCGGACCUGAUGAUGUGCUGAAGCUGCUGAUUCUUCAUGAAGAAGCACGCAGAGAAAGACGUCUGAAACUUAGACGAGCGUUCAUUCGAUUGGUUAUUCCGCUCUCAAUUGUAAUGUUAAUUUUGAUUGCUUUAUCAUUUCUGCUCUGGAUUCAAAUCUCUCUCUCAACAGGACGUUUUCAUGCGUUCUCAACAAAUUGGGAUUGUGAAAUGACCGACUGCCGUCCUUCUUGGGUUAGAUACCCAUGCCUAAAUUCUACAGAGGGUCUAAAUUUGCUUCCUACUAUGUAUCAGAAGGUUAAGAAUCAUUGUUAUAGGUUCGACGGCAAUGACACAGUGACCUAUUGGCUCGGUCACUCCCCAAAUUAUCCAGAGAAUACCCUCAUCAUGCAGAAAGGCCGCUGGUGGAACAAUGGUGAUGUGGAUGUUUUUGAUGGAAACUAUAGUUCCCUUAGUUGGAUUCCCAUCACCGUAGUUGGCAGAAACCAUAGUGACUGUCCAGUAGCAAUAGACAAGCACCGCAAGUAUGUAUUAAAUCAGAAAACACCUGCCACUCCUAAACGCAGCAGGAGAGACAAUGGGGGUGAGUUACAGCAUGCUCAGAUAGAGAUUGGAGGAAAAGCAGUGAAGUUACCUUUAUACCCUAUUGCGCCUGAUCCACGUCAUAUUGUGUCAUAUUAUCUGCCCAAGGUUAAGGACCAUCUUUACUCGAAUAAGGCAGUAAGGGAUGUAGCACAAAGCUAUCUGUCUAGAAAUAUUUUUGUUCGAGAUGAUCCCAGCUCUGACACAUAUAAGUUAGUUGCAAAUGACAAAUUUCUGAGACGAUGGAAUGUUUUGCAGCCAGAAAAGGUUCAUCUUGUCAGGUGGGAUAAAAACAGAUCUUAUGGAGCAGUGUGUGAUAGACUAGGACGAAUUGAUAAGACUGAUAAGGAUAAUUUUGAUCUAAAUGGAAGUAAAAAUGGAUUACCAAAUGUUAAUGCUCUUUCCCUCGCUUGGCCAAGGUAUACUAAGUUGGAUGAUCCUUGGAAGGAGACCAUGCACGUGGAACGAUGCCUGGGUAUGGAAGUGAAACAUUGGUUCGUCCAGACGUUUCCUCCGCAUCGGCCUGACAAAUGUGCGGUAAUUAUAAACAAAAUUUUAGGUACCCCAGGGGCAAAGGUUCCAAUGGAAAUUUGCAACGCAUCUUUUGUGCGGCCAGAUUAUACAUGGGCAAAUUUCGCAGAUGUGCUGUUUCAGUAUGAUGUUGCUAUGUUAAUGGCUAAUCAAUCCGUCAUUCAAAUGGAACAACUACAUGACCAUCUUGAAAGUAGGUGUAAUAGCCCCACCUCAAUGGUCUAUAAUGUCACUGCUUGGAUGCAGUUGAAUAUGUUUCAUUUGUGUUUAGAAAUGAUUGCCAGCAGAAAGACCACCAUGCGGGUUCCUCGAUCCACGGAGGAUUUUGUAUGGAAAGAUUUCCAGCCCCAUCAGGUCUACAUGUGGCCACAGGUAUCUGAUGCUGCUAUGGGAGAUGAGUGGUUCGACAGGGAGAAACAGUUUCGUCAAUUUUUAAGGCCAAUUCCCUCCGUUCAAGAGUUACGAGGGUUACAUGAUGGGUGGAGUUUAAGUCAUUGUCUGCAUCAUAAGGCUGUCCAUACUAUAGGUCCUGAGUGGAACCCAGUUGAGAAGUGUAAAAAGACAGAUUGUUCCGAGACAGAGUAUUGUGUUACUAAUAUGACUACAUCUACAGAAUACUACCCUCAAGUAAAAUCGCAGCAAGCAAGUAAGAAAUACAUUAAUGAUUUCUUAAAACAGGUCAAGACUAAUGAUGUGUUUGCUGGCUAUGAAUAUUUGAAUUCAGUAUGGCUCCGAUCAACAGGUACCCCUUUCUUGUCAGAUCCUCAAGAACCCACGGCGUUAGCAAUAGCAUGGAUGUUUGCUUUCACAGUAGGGGCUAUAUUUACAGAUGUAACCGAGUCUGUAGAAGAAUUUGUUGAAGAAGCUUGGAAUGAUUUUGUGGAAGCCUCAGAGGACGCGCUUAUUGGAAUCUUUCAUUAUGGCUUGUAUGUUUUUGGAGGAUUUGUGGGAAUUAUUGUCCUGUGUUUGGUUGCGUGGGGAUUGGUACGCUGUUGUCUGUCCUAUGUGUUCAAAUCUGCUUGCAGGACUGUUAACCCGGUGGAGGAAGAUUUGCGACUGCGGAAGCUGACCAACAGUCUGCAGCAGCUGAUGAAGGAUGACGUCAACGCCCUGUUGUGAGUGGAAGGGCAGGGAGAGCCCUAAGCAUGGGGACUGGAUUAAUUAGUAUCCAGCUUGUCCAUGAUAGGGUGAAGAGACAAGUGUGACCCCUCGGGGAAACACGCGUCACCACUCCACCUUCCGUAGUGGCCUCACUGGAUAGACCAGACGUGGAGUAUUGGACUCCAUACCGGUCUAAAACGGGGGACUGAAGGAGAGGAUGGAGAUUCUGACGCUGAUUAUAUCCUUUCUUCAGAAUAUAUUAUCUCAUUAAUAUUGUGUGAUUAUUAAUCAAGUGUUUGAUCAGUAUUUAACCUCCAAGAUUGUUGUAUGAUGUGAUUAAAUGAAGAAAGCCAUCUAUAUAACUAUAGAUUGAUGCAUGCUUACUUAGAAACAUAUUAUUCCUUCCUAGAACUGACAGGUUUUACAUGUCAUGGACAUGUGUGUGAGUAUUCUUUUUCCUAGGGUCACCAGGUCAGCUAAAACGGACCAGGGGGCCUCUUCUAUGUGCCAUGGGAGAGACAUGCUGUCUCCUAACAUGUCUCAACGGACAUUAGAUAUUAAGAACUCUGUUUUAUCCUGUCUUCUUAUUCUUUAAGAUUAAUGUCAGCCUGCCCUUUGUGUGUAACCAACUGUAGUGAUAAAAAGACUUGCCAGUGCAAGAAAACCUUGGGAAUAAGCAGAUAAGGGCUGAGUUUGUGUAUGUGUGUGUGUGCCCAUAAAGUGAUGAGACCAACAUUGCUGGAUUCCAGACCUAGGAUGAGGUGCCUUCUUCAACCGUGCUGACGCCUGCUAUAAUCACUGGAGAUAUGCUGAAGAUGUAUAUGACCAUAUGUGAAGAUUGUCUAAGUUUAUCUAGGUUUUGGAACCAAUCAGAUCGCUGCUGACCAGUGCUUUGACGCAUUUGAAGUCUUCUGUCUGGAGUAUAACUAUGACUGAUUUUGUAUUAUACGGCAGUUCAGCUUACGAACUCCUGCGAGGGUAUUGACGCUGACUUCUGCCUAUGAAACUGCAAACUAUUUCCUUAAGUAAAAUUAUUAUUAUUAAUUGAACUCA